AUGGCUUACAAUGAUCCAUACCUCGACGGGAAUAGAGUGCCAUUGAUGGAUGUCAAUGACACAGGUGUGAAGUCUGAGAAUACAUUUGGUUAUUUCAACUGCGGUGAAGACGAUGGUAUCGAUGAAGACGGAGUUUCCAAAUCGAGGACACUGAGGAGGGAGUCUGAUAAUGAUGGCGCCUAUAAGAGAGAAUCGAUGUCUAAGGAUUAUGGUGGUGAAGGAAGUAGAAAAUCAGACAAAACAGAUAGGCAUUGCAGCAACAAGGUAAGGGAACAAGCCCGAGAUCAAGCAAAUGCAACUAUUGAUUCUAAUUCUGAGGUUAAAGAUGGCGAAGAAGAAGAUGAAGAUCUCUUCAAAAUGAGAAAGAAAAAGAAGAAACACCAUAGAAGUGCUGCAGAAAUCUCAAUGCUAAUUGAAAAUGUGAUGGCAGAGCUAGAAAUUGCUGCUGAGGAAGAUGUGGAGCUUAAUAAACAAUCCAAGCCAGCUAUAAGUAAACUCAAGAAACUCUCUCUUCUUCAAGAAGUUUUUUCCAAGAAACAUUUGCAAGCUGAACUCUUAGAUCAUGGAGUCCUAACCUUGUUAAAGACUUGGUUAGAACCUCUCCCAGAUGGAAGCUUACCGAAUAUUAACAUCCGGGAAGCUAUAUUACAAAUCUUACAAGAUUUUCCAAUUGAUUUAGAGCAGUCUGGCAUAAGGGAUCAACUAAAGAAGAGUGGUCUUGGAAAGGUGAUUAUGUUUUUAUCGAAGUCAGAUGAAGAGAUCAUGUCCAACAAAAGACUUGCAAAGGAACUGGUUGAUAAAUGGUGUCGAUCAAUAUUCAAUAACAACGCAAGAUUUGAAGACAUGAAGAAGUACAGGGAUGAGAGGAUUCCAUCUCGGAAGUCAUCUAAAAAGACAAGAAUGAAAUAUAGGGAUGAUGAUAUUAACUUUGCUGAACUACCAAAGGGUCAAAAUUCAAAACACUCAUCCUCUCGGAAUCAUGUUUCAAGGCCUGAGGCAAUGCCAAUGGACUUUAUUGUUCACCCACCAUCUAAAGUUGACCCUGAUUUAAUAAGGGCAUGCUCUAAACAAGUUGUUCAAGAUCAAAUUCGACUUAAGAUACAAAAGAAGUUGAAGCAGUUGAAAGCACCUAAAAAGAAACAACUGCAGGCCAAAAAGUUAAGUGUGGAAGGUCGUGGGAUGGUCCUUUAA